AUGACAGCGUUCCAUCCUUUUCCCCGUCUCCCAUGGGAAGUCCGAGCGCGGAUAUGGGAGCUGACUAUCGAGCCUCGAACGGUCGAGGUCAAUAUCGAAUACGAACGCACGGCAAUCACCGAUGAUAUGAGAGCUAGAUUCAACUUGGCUCUAGAUACGCCUACGUGCAUUUCCGUCCUCCGUUUGCGGUCAUCCACCGCAGUGCCAGCCCCUCUCCAAACCUGUCGAGAAGCGCGGAUUCACCUUACGGAAAUUGUGGGUAGCUUUGGGUUCUACAGGAAGGCCUUCCACCAACUGCCAGCUACACCGAAUAACGGGAAAGAGAUGCCGCCACAGCGCGGAUUGCGGUUGGAGAUCGGCCUUGGCCUAGAGCCGCGCUACGUUUGGGUGAAUUUCGAGAUUGAUAUGAUCUCCAUCGACCAGAGUAUGUUCACGUUUUUUGAGCCGUAUUACCAGGACAUCAAGCGGCUCAAAUUUGCGCGCGAAUGUGACGAGUGGUUUGUCCGCUGCGAGUCCAGGGAUUUGCGGAACUUUGCCAAUGUCCGAGAAGUCCACGUG